AUGGCACGCACACGUUCAAAACCCGCAAAGGCCGCGCCCAAAGAAGCCACGCCCGAACCCACCACCACAGCCAAACCGCUGCCCGCAAGCACGUCGAACCCCCCGAAGCUGUUCGUUCUGCCAAAAGACACAUCCAAAGACGCGCGCAUAGUCAGCCUCGACAACCCCGCAAACGAUACACCAUCACGAUACUUCUUCUGCCCCCAGAAAGGCUUCUACGAGUUCACGCGCAUCGCUGCGCCGAAGAGAGACUUCAAGAGUUGGUUGAUAACAGGAGAGAAGAGCGAGGAUGACGCUACAGAAGAGACAGACACCUCACGGAUAGGCAGCGGCUACAUCACCAAAUCUGCCGACCUCUUCAUCGCAACACCGAUCGACAUCCUGUUCCUCAUCCUCCCCGCCCUCACACCAAAGUCAGCAAAAGACACGAAGCAACAUUUCCUCGCCUUCGAUGACUACCUUGACGCACUCUCCUCUUCGUCGCCACACUGGAAAGCGCUGUUAUCGCAAUAUACCACCCUCAAGACUAUGAUAGAAACUAAGAUGCGAAGGAUAUGCGACACAGUCGACGCAGGCGAAGAGUCCAUGUACCGCCUUUCGCACCCCAAGCUCCUAGAAGUCCUCCUUUCAAAAGCCGAACGCAUGGUGAAGAAGGGGCUUCCGCCGUCGAUGGAGGAUAGGUUCAUCAAGACAGCCCUGGAGAUACCUGUCAUGAGCAUAAAACGCGAGGAAAGCACACUGACCACCGUGUCACCAACGCCAGACGCGGACGUAGACGCGGAGAAAGAGAACAGCACAAUAGUCGACUCGCAAACAAGCGUCACAACAACCAUCACAACCCCCGACGACGCCCCCUCAAAACCCACCCUCACAACCCCAACAGAAAUCCCCCACCUCCUCCGCCUCCGCACAUCCCUAACCUACCUCCUCUCUUCCUACACGCCCCCAUCCCUCCGCAACCCCUUACUCGCCCUCCUUUCCGCACGCUUCACACCCCUCGACACCCACCUCUCCGCCAUCUCCGCUCUAAAAUCCGAAGCGCUGUCUCUACGCAGCAUAUCAGACAACAUAUCCCGGAAGAGGGCGAUUGAAGAAGACGAAGAGAAGAUUGCGGAAAGGGAGGAGAAGAAGCGGAAGAAGGAGGAUGAGGAGCGCAAGAAGAAGAGUGAGGGGAGGGGGGUUAAGGCGCUGAAGAAGGUGGAUACGAGUGGGAUGAAGAAGAUGAGUAGUUUUUUUCAGGUUAAGCCGAAGGGGAAAUGA